AGGUCAGAUUAGCAGAUAGCUCCCGGAACAAUGUCAGACUGAAACUAAACUCAGCCGAUGAGCUGUUUUGCUUAUUAUAUAUUUAAUUUUAUGUUGUUUUGGUCUUCAAACGGCACUACAGGACGUAAAAUGGAGAUCUGUGCUUUAUCAUGAAACUCCGUGCGCAGUUUGACAGAGGAACAUAUAGCGAGUCCAAAGGAUCGUUUAAACUGAGGGAUUCACUUGAUCCGAUGCAACCGGAGCCGAGCUCUCGGGAAGGGAACGGGCUGUCGUUAACCCUCCAGCCGGAGCUCCUCGCCCGAAUGCCCGGAGCUGGGAGCUCCAGCGGGACGGAAACAGGCGAGGACGUCCGGGUGCCUAUGGGCAGCUCUUCGGGAUCGACGAAUGGACGUGGCGCGACCUCACGGAGAAUGAGAACAGCGAGUCACAGCCACUCCCACACCCAUGGACACGGGCACAGCCACGAGCACGAGUCCGACAGCGGAGAGUCUGACCUGGAAUCCGGAGAAUCCAGCAGCUCGAUAUCGGAGCUUCGCUACCUCCUGCGCUGGCUUAAGAAAAGUCUGCCUUUUAUAGUUAUUCUCUGCGCAAAACUAGUGAUUCAACAUGCUCUGGGUCUGGCUGUUGCUGUUGGUCUGUUUACCACGUUUAUGUAUGUCAACAAAAGCAUUCAAACGCAAGUGUUUCUCCAUGACCGUAGGACGAAUCUGCAUUGUGCCUGGCUUCUGCUGUUCCUCACAUCCUCCAGUCUCCUUGUCUUCUACACUUUUCACACUCAGUCACUUUAUCGCUGCCUGUUUUUUGCCAACGCCACCAUAGAUUAUCAUAACUUCUGGGAGGUUUUAUGGAGCGUUGGUGUGACCAACUUCAUCCUGAAGUUUAUCUUCAUGGGAUUCAAGUGUCUUAUUCUCCUCGUCCCGUGUCCACUCAUGACAUACAGACGAAGGGGUCAGUGGUACAUGCUGAUAGAGGAAGUGGGUCAGUUGUAUCAGGUUAUCGCUCCUGUCCCGCUCUGGUUCCGCUAUCUGGUCAGCUAUGAUGAGAUGGACACCUCUGUCGGUCUGACUCUGGGAAUCUUGCUUGCCUUGCUCUACCUCAUAAUGAAGCUAUUGGCACUGUACGGACUGUCAGGAUCACUUCAGAAAACACUACGGACGUUUUUCAGCCCUGAGGUAAACGGAGCUCCAGCCAGUCCUGCUCAGAUUCGAGAGGCAGGAGACAUUUGUCCCAUCUGUCAGGCGGAUUUUAAGCAGCCUCGGGUCCUCGUGUGUCAGCACAUCUUCUGUGAGGAGUGUAUAGCCCAGUGGCUCAACCAGGAGCGCACCUGUCCUCUCUGCCGCACCGUCAUCACAGACAAGGUGCACAAGUGGAAAGACGGCGCAACAUCUGCUCAUUUACAAAUCUACUAAACACAGACAGGAGAAGCACAACAGACAACCAGCAGAUCUACACAACUGUUCCUCUCACACAUCUCCACUGAGCAAACAGCACUUGUUAGAAGACAGCAGUCAACACUUUUCUUUAGCUUGUCUGAGGGAUGAGUGCAUUCACCAGCUCUUGUAUUACUAUUAUUAUACAUACAGAACUCCUCAUUGUUUAAAUGUUUAUAAUUUAUAUUUAUCUUUGUGUUCUUACUAAUUUCCUCAUUUACCGUGGGGACAAAAACAGUAGAUUUCUCAUUAUUUUAUUUGUUAGGAAAACUUACAAAUAGAGUACAGGAAAUGUAUUUUUGUCUCCUAAAAUUGAUUUUAAUUUUCACAGAUAGUGGGGCUGUUUUGUAACUAAACUCGAACACAUUUACGAGUCCUAUCAUGAGGAGUUUUGAACAAUUUAGGUUAUUUUUUGGUGAAGUAUUCAGUUUUCUUCGGUUUUAAUCUGAAUGUGAGGUAAUUGCACAUGAACUACUGAUUUAUCAAAAGGUGUAGCAUUAGGAUUUUAUAACCAUGCGAAUUUUGUGAGUGAACAUCAAGUAAUGGCUUUGUGAAUGUUACGUUUUUAAAAUUCAAGCCUUUCACAGAUACAUGGUAUUUUUCUAAUCAUGUUGCGCUUGCGUUGUAAUAAACCAAAGUGUUAAAGAAACAUCUAUUUUAGUACCAUCAUACAGUAUGCAGUUACAUCUGGACUUUUUAUCCAGCAUAUUUCCAUAAACGACCAAAUAAACUUUUCAGAUUUGACUAAU